UUCGCUCCCAAUGGUCCUGCACAGACAUCAGUCGCAACUAGCCUGAGUAGCACAAGCAUCACUGCUAGCCCAACAUACAGCAGCACCUCCACCAGCAUGCAAGGCAGAUCCAGUACAUACACAAGUCAGCAUUUGCAGACCCCAGCAAACAGUGUGACCCCGGCCAGCCAUGUGACCAGGUUCAGCGAUACGACCAGCUUAAGCAUUGUCACAGAAGACAUUUGCAACUUUGUGGGAGAGCUGAAAGUAAAGGUGUCCUCUUCCAUCACACUCAGCCCUGACUACAGGUCAGCUGAAAAUACAUCUAUUGCUGCAGCCGUUGAACAGAAGAUAAAACAGGCCUACAGAUCAUCAACAUUCAAUACGAAAUAUAUUAGUACCAAGAUCAUUGGCAUAAGCAAUGUCUACUCGGCUAUACGAUUCAUGAUGCAGUUCUUAUGUAGUGUAAGUAACCAGGAAAAGCAAAUGACUGAAAUCUUACAGCAAGGAUUGGGAACCGUAAAGUUGUCUGAUUCUGAACAGUUAACGGUAGACCUCAAAAGCACAAUCAUAUGGUGCCAUGAUAACAUGCUAAUAUGUGACAAUGGAUACUGCACUGGUAAAACCAAUGCAUUCUGUGAUGGCGUGAAAGACUGCUGGAAUGGAAGUGACGAAGAGGGUUGUGAUUGUCAAGCUUCAUCUGCUGGUCAAUGCCCAUCGGUGGUUACUCUAACCGGGAAGCGUUACAAGUUUCUUUGCCAUGGUGCCCUCGUCUCCAAUAAAUGGGUGCUGACUAGUGCCAGAUGUGCGAAUCAGAGUUCCUUUUCAGCCAUUUGUGUCGGUUCUCCCAAACCAGAAAAAUACCGUAUCGCUGAGCAUCACAUUGUGGAUUGGAAAGGUGAAGGCAUUGCAUUGCUUCAUCUGGAGUCAGAAGUGAAUUUCAAGGACUUCCAGCCAAUCACCCUGCCCGAUUCUGCUGGUCAAACUGAAACAGCUCAAACCACCUGCAGAAUUGCCAUACAAAAGAACUUACAAACUCCAGGAAGCUGGAGUGUUAUUGCUUCAAAUAAGCAAACAAUCGUACUGAGACAAAAUUGUCAGAAGAUCAGUAAAUGCCAGGUUGCCACAGGCAGUCCCUUAGUGUGCCGAAAGGAAAAUAGCGCUUGGGUGCUCACAGCAGUCAGAGGUGCUUGUUCAGCUUCUACGAUGACAUACAGAAGGGUGAAUAAAGCCUUGGCAUUAAUAAAGAAGUACAUCAAUUGAACACAUAAAUGAUAAAGUCUUAAUGUCUGUUGCUCCAUGAUAUUUUACAAUGUUUGGUAAAGUUCUUGCUCCAGAUUAUAAUUCAAACUCCAGGAUUAUAGUCCAGUAACCCAACCACAAUGUACCUGUACUCCCUGCUUAUGUCAUUGCGUUAGUCGUUCCAAAAGUGUGAGUGCAAAUCCCAUGACAAUUUGAGAAAUAUUUUUAAAGCAUUUGAAGAACAGUUAAAAAUUUGACCAACAUGAAAUUACACUUGCAGGAUAUACAAAUUAUUGCUGCUGUUCAGCAAGACU